AUGAGCUCCUUGCGCCCGCUGCGCGGUGCCUGCCAAUGCGGCCGCAAUCGCUACUUGAUCGAGGUGCCCGAGGACGCCCUCGAGGAAGCGCAGGUUCUCUUCAAUACCAACACUUCUCAUCGUACGUUCAACCUACCGGUCGGAUCCUGGCGUAUGAUUCCAGACGCCAUCGAUGCUGACCAACGGUGCCCAGAAGCUUCUCUCGCCACCCCGCUGGCGGCCUACAUUCGAGUCCCCUUGACUUGGUACCGGAGCGCAACCUACGCCUACCGCGACGACGAAACACACUCGACCAUUCGACGCUCCUAUGCGCACCCGGACCAGCAGGACAGCGUGCGCUACUUUUGCGGCUACUGCGGUACGCAGCUGUCGUACUGGUCCGAGAGCCCGGCCACCGAAGCCGAAUACAUACACUUGACCCUCGGCAGUCUCGUGCACGAAGACUUGCACGACCUGCAGUCGCUCGGCCUGAUACCCGACGAUACUGACUCCGACGAAGCGGCCCAGGACGAUGACAUGGAGCACGUGGUCGAUGGCGACGGGCUGGAACCCGCCGAGCCCGGCGCCACCGUCCUUCGAGAACAGUUUGGCGUGCCCUGGUUUGAGGACCUCGUUCAGGGCACCAGGCUGGGGAAGCUUCGUCGCAGAUACGGCGGCCACCGCUCGCAGGAUGGCCGUGUACAGGUAGAAUGGGAGAUUGUUGAAUAUUCGGAUCACGGCGAGGACAUGGAAGACGUGGAUAUGCCGACACCGUCCUCUGGAAAACGAAAACUAGACGAGAGAGGAGACGAGAAAAGCAACAUUACAGCAGACUAG